AUGGAGGCUACGGCUACGGUCAGUGAGGUUCUGAUGAUUGAGGAAGACUGGAGGAUUCCCUUCAUCGACUUCAUCAAGGAGUUCAAGCUUCCACCAGGCGUCGACGCAAAAAGCAUUCAAGCUGCCCGCAUCAUUUGGAGAAGCAAAGGAUUCAUCUUGGAAGGCAAGGAUAUCCUAAGGGAAAUCCAUGAAGGAGUCUGUGGCAACCACACCGCAUCAAGAACAUUGGUUGGAAAAGCCUACAGAUCAGGUUUCUUCUGGCCAACAGCUGUAUCAGAUGCUGAAGACCUCGUUAAGAGGUGUCCUAGAUCGCCAGGAGGAUUUAAUCACAUACUGGUGGCAGUCGACAAGUUUAUCAAGUGGCUCGAGUACAAAACAAUCAUCAAGAUCUCAUCAGAUAGAGCAAUGGACUUCAUCUCCUACAUCAUACACCGGUUUGGUUUCCCUCACACGAUCAUCACAGACUUGGGUUCAAAUUUCACCUCGCAAUCUUUCUGGGAUUUUUGCGACAAUGCUUGCAUCAAGGUUAAGUAUGCCUUUGUGGCUCAUCCAAGGGGCAAUGGUCAGGUGGAACGCAUCAACGGGUUGAUACUCGAUGGCUUAAAAAAGAGGAUCUACAAUGCUAAUUCUAAGAAGGGUGGCAAGUGGAUCCAAGAGCUACCUCAGAAGCCAUAUUUCCUGCUGAUAUAA